UUUUUAAUUUUUGGUCUCGAGGAAUUAUAACUCAACUUUCUGAACAAAUUUCUACUCUAAACGAAAGGAUGGAUGAAUUUACAUCUCGCAUUGAAGAAUUGAACUCCAAAUUCUCUGUCCGAAAAGUCUCAGCUAGCCAACAAAACUUGGCUAUCCAGGCUGAAACCUGCAAUGGUUCGGGACCCACUUCUCUUUUUGUCACCAGAUUAAGUAAUGGUUCUUUGACUGGUUCGCUGCUGCCCAAUUCUUCAUCUUCUUCUCAAUUGGCUAAGGAGUCCCCACUGAUGGAAGAGUGUGGUGGAAAGAAUACAUAUACACUUGGCGAAAUUAAUGAAACUCGAAAUGAAUGGGUAGCCAAGCUUCUUGAGCGGAUGAGUCAUAGUUAGAGUAACUUUUGAAAACAGAAUUAAAAAAUAUACUAAUUGUAGUAUUUAGUUAGUACUUACAUAGUUAUUCCAAGUGUAUAUUUUGAUAUUGUAAUUUUAGAUUUGGAACAUACUGAGUUCUAUUGAUUUUGUCUGCCUAUUGAUUAUGUCUGAACUAUGUUGUAAUUACACAGGAAAUUAUGAAUGAAUA